AUGAAUCAAUAAAAUAAAUAGCCAAAUUAUAAAAUAUUAUUAUGGAAUAGAUAUAUCCUUCAAAAUUCAUCUAAGUUUCAACAAUAUAAAAACUAUAAUACUAUAUAAUUAAUAUUUACAUCAUUAAAAAUAAAAUGUUUAUACANAUUAUCUAUCAAAAUUAUUGAUUAAAAAGUUUUGGUUGAUAUAAAUGGUGAGCAAAAUGAGCAAAAUGAGCAAAAUGAGCAAAAUGUUCAAAAUAAAUAUUAAUUUGAUUAUGUUGUUUGUUGUGUUCCUAUAACACAAUUAAAGAAAUUGAUUAUAGAGCCUGCUUUUGAUGAAACAAGAUAAAAAUAAAUAAAUUUAGUGGGUAUGGAUAAAGGAGGAAAAUUCUUUAUUAAAUUAGACAAAAAAUUUUUAUAACAUGAAGAAGACUUUUUUAUACCUAAAUUUAAUCAUAAUUCAUUAUGGUGGGAUAGUUCAAGUGAAAAUGAUUCAAUUAUUAUUGGAUUAUUGGGAUUAAGUGCACAUAAUAGAGUAAUGGAAAUAGGAAUAGAAGAAUUUGCUAAAGAAGUUAUUUAAAUUAUAAAUGAAUAAUAUCAAGUAGAUUUGAAUGUUCUAUCAUAUCAUUAUGAAGAUUGGGGAAAUACACCAUUUAUUGAAGGAUUAUAUUCAUAUCCCAUGUCAGGAAUUGAUGAUAAUUAUAGAUAAAUUAUUUCAGCACCUCAUUUAAAUAGAUUAUUUUUUGCAGGAGAAGCAUUUCAUCCAGUUUACUAUUCUACAAUUCAUGGUGCUUAUGAGAGUGGAAUUAAUGCAGCUAAAUAAAUAAUUAAAUGA